UCCCUGAUUCUAAAGACGGAAAAACAAAUAUGUCAAACAAGGAACAACAAAUUGGAGGUUUGGACGGAUUUAUUCUGGUUACUGCUUCGAAAAAAAAACGACGAACUACACAAAAUUUCAAGUGUCCUUUCAAUAUUCAUCUUAAAAACCACGAAUCAAAAAAACCAUCAGAGGAAAGCUGUGACUUGGGUAUUACUGCAUUUCUUCAAAACUUUAAAAAGAUCGAGGAGAAUCUAAUAGCAUCCGAUUUCUUCAAGGAAAUUGUCAAUCUUAUAGAGCCUUUGUUGAACCAAGCAAAAAUUGAAGCAAUAAUUUGUCUAGGACUCGGUAAAUUAUCUGAGUGUUUAAUUUCCUGUUAUCAGCUUGCUUUAAUUCGUUGUUUAAAAGGAAAACUUAAAGAUUUUAGCGGAAAAAUUCAGUUUUUCGAUCCAAUUUUUACGUAUAAAGAUAUUGAAAUUCUCCAACUAUUAGACACGGCUGUUUUAUCAGAAAACCUCGAGGGAAAAUAUCUAGCUGACCAAAAAACGCUAUUUUACCUUCCACAUUGUCCCAAACAAAUCAGUAAUAAUUUGCUUUGGAGGAACUGGCAGCCAGAAUUGUUGAAAAACGUUUAUCUCAUUUGCAACAGCUUUGAAAAUAUCAUUCUCGGUAAUCCUGAAAGAGUAUUGAACGACAACGCCACCUAUAUUCUGAAAGCAGAGAAGUUUUGUAAAGAAAUAAAGUUUUUGAAUAACUUUAGAUAUACAGAUAUUUUCAACGACUUUUCAUUGCACUAUUUCGAUACUUCUACGUUUUUCACUGAUCCCGGGCUUUCUGUAGAACCAGAAUAUAAGAUUGCAGACCUUGAGUUAAUCACCAGAAAAAUCCAAACUAACUUAAAACUGAAAAAUGGCUACAACUAGUAAAGCUAGUGUUAUUUUGAAAAAUCUUCUAUCUGAAUUAAAAGCAAUUACACCAGAAACAAUUAAUUAUAAGGAUACCCUGGCAGCCAAAUAUGUGAUUUCACAAUUUAGAAAAUUCGAAACAACUGAACAGCAGCAUUGCAGAGCUAAGGAGGAAAUGCAGUUCAAUGCAAAAACUUACCUUUGCUAUUUACAGAGCAUUCGAAAGCUUAAAGCGAUCAAUACAGCGUACAGUGGUCGAGGAGAACGGAGCAUUCGCGAAACUGCUGACAUGGUAGGUUUUAAGCUUCCACAUGAUCCCAAGUAAAAAGGAUUGUUCACUCUUAAAGAAUGUUUCAAAUAAAAUUAUGUAUUCAAAAAUCUA